UGGCUGACAUCCCCCGCCCCUGGUGAACAGGUACCUCCGAGUGAGGACCCGGACUCCCAGGUCCCAGCAUGAGCCUGAAACUGGAGGUCCUGCUGUCCACCAGCAUCAAACACAAGAAACCAUGGCCUCGGCUUGACUGGAUCGGAGAGGAGAAAGAGGCUAUUCUGCUGUCUGCCGACCAGCGCCUGACCAUACUAACCUUAACAACAGGGAGGACCCACAGGAGGAUACCGAAACUGCAACAUUUGCUGAAGAACGUGCUGAGUGUUACCACCUCUGCUAAUGGUGCCUGGCUGCUGGGACUGCUGAGUUCGGGAGAGCUGUUCCUGUGGAAGAAAGAUGCUGACUGUUUGAAGACUGUUGCGACAGUUGCCAGUGUGAGCACAGUAGCAGCAGCUGCCCGUGAAUCUGCUUCGAAGCCAUUUCUGUUUGUUUCGAGGGAUGGCAAGAGAGUCCUUGUGGCCAGUCAGGCUGGUGAAGUGUUCCUUUGGGAAAGUACGGAAGAGCGAGACUUGUCAUCUAUUCCGGAUACUCAGUUAAGUGGCAGGUGGGCCCAGGUGAUGGUGGAUGAGAAAGUCAAACUUCCCCAAGCCGAUGAUAAGGAGAGCACAGUACAUGCUGUCUUUCACACUGAUGAGGAGCUGGGGGAUUGCUGCUUCUGUUCCUUUGUCUUUACAUGUGGAGAGGUCCUGGUGCUGACCACACUGAGAAUGAAGUGGUUUGAACAAGUGGAGAAGUGCACAAGUGCCAUCCCAUUCUGUGCCCAUUGGGUGACACAGACACGCUCACUUGGAGCUCUGAGCCCAGUGUGCACUGGGGUGAAAUCAAGAGGGGCACUGUUAGCAGCUUUCUCCGGGGACGGCCUGGUGCUUGCAGUCAUCAUCAAUCAGAAUGAUCCCAAGGCUACCCAGGUGCUGUUUGUGAACCCACUGAAUGAUGUGACAGUGUCGAGCAGCCUGCGAGGCUGUGGCAGCAAAGGGCAGCCUGUGCCAGUCAGGUUUCUCAGAUCUUAUUGGGUUGGUGCAGUGAGCUGGACACAUGAUGGCCUAUUCCUGGCCUGUAUGCUGAAACGUGGGGCCUUACUGUUACUGUCCCGUCUUGGCGAGCUGCUAUCCAUCACUACAUUUGGCUGCUCCGUGGAGUUUGGGCCAGCAGAGUACAUCCCACUCCAUCCAUUAAUCACCUACAGACCACCUCAGUCCCUGCUUCUGAGCAUCGAACGUACAGGAUCUGAUGGCACUCCUACCUCUGAAGAUGACCCAAUCAAUCAAUGGUUUUCUGUGGCAGCCCACCCUCGCUUACCCUACCUCAUUGUGUCUGAUGGUUACAUGUUUACCCUGAUGCGUUUUGCAGCGAAUUAUUCUGCAUCGUCUGUUUUAAAGACCGUUCUUCUGGAGGUGACUCAAGAUCUCAAUGAUGUGCGACACUCACUAAUGAGCUCUGAGCGUAAAUAUGUGAAGUACUGUUUACAGCCCGUGUCAUCCCUAAAAGGAAGUUUCCUGCAGGAAUGGGAAAUGCAAGGGCCUGGAUCGUGGAUGUCCCCAUCAUUCUUGCAGGAUGAGACAGCAGCAAGUGGUCAGGUUGACGAAGAUGAUGAUUCUGAUGAUGAUGCUCCAUGCCUUCCUGAUUACUCCAGAUUCCAGGACUCUAACCCCAAUACCAUGGAGCAGGGCCACCUGGAGUUUGCCUCCAUGUUCGACACACUCCAUGCCAAGCAGGGUGAUCAAGAAGAUCAUCUUGAGGCUAAAUUCAGACAGAUGCAGAACAACCUUUUGGCAGCCUGGAGUAUGCUUGUUUCUGUGAAGGAGAUAGAAGGCAGGGAGCAGCUGCUUCAAUACACAGUUCAGGCCUUGCUGCAAUUUGCCCGCCUUCUUCCAUUUGCCCCAGCCACACUCCCGAGCUCAUCUAUAAAGGGAAGGAGCAAGCUGGUGAAGAAAGUCUUGAAGAAAAGCCCAGGGAUAUACAGGACAUUUCAGCUCCUGCAGUAUUGUUUGACUGUCCUGUGCUGGGAUUGGAUACACAAGCAAUCACUACCGCACGCUGUGAGACUCUCGGUAGACAUUGUAAAGUUAAUACUCUCUCAAAGGUUGGGGUCAACUUCGAUCUCUCACUCACUCCUUGGCAGUCUCAUGGUACUUAAAUUAGCAUCGAUACAUCUGGAUGCAGUGUACUCCGUUCAACCUCAGGAAUUCUUGGGUCUCACGUGGAGCAUUGUGUCGGAUUCUCUCCAAGCAUCAGUAUGUCCCAAGGAGAAGUGCUCUCUCCUAACCAUAGUUGAGCUACCUUCCCAAACAGUACAAACCAGCCAGCGACCAUCACACAGACUGGCCAUUGCGUGGCGCCUAUUGUACCAGCAUGCAUUGCAGCACCAUUUCCAUAUACGGAAAUCCCAGCAACAACUGAAAAGAAACGACAGAAAGCGCCUUCAAACGGAGGAGGCUGUCAUAACUGCACUCCUGUCCCAGAUUCAGGCAACAUUACAGACCACGGGAGAGAGACUAGGACAAAAUCGGCAGCUUAUGUCUCUUGCAGGGACGUUUGGGCUGGCACCGAAUGGCUUAAUGGUGCUUGACGUUGGGCUGGAUGCAGCUCUGGCUGUGAUUCAAUCCCUUGCCCGAUUCAUGGCUCUGUAUUUCAGUAACCAGCCCGUGUUUGUGCUGCCACCUCACCAUGUUGACACCCUGCCACCUCAUCACUACAAAGCAGGUUGCCUUUCCCGAGUGGUCUUUCUUCAGCAGUGCCGUGUCUCACUUGCAGUACGAGAACAGCACCUGUCCUCCACCUGGAGCGUGAAGUACACAGUCGAACUGAUGCUGCUCAGCAGGCUGUUUCCAGAAGCUGUCUGGUUUGCCUUGAGUCUUGGGGACUGGAAGAGUUCUGUGGUUCUGGGUCAAGCUUUCAGUCUGCACUGCCAAAACCUCCCUGAGCCUAGCAGAAGGAACUGGACAAUACUGCAUUUACCAGCACAACUGCAGCCCUCACAGAUCUUCCGGGAUAAGUUGCAGACACUAUUGGGCUGCCCAGACAACAGGAUGGUGUCUUUGGAUAGCUGCACGAUGGCACCCGGAAGAGACUCUAAACAAUCGACAGAUUCCAUUGAAGAAGGGGGUGCAGAUGUGUUGUUUCUCUCAGUACAGGAGAUUCUGAAAGCAGCGGUGAUGGUGAAUGCAGAUGUGCUGACAGAGACCUUUCAACUUUUGAUGCAGACAGCAAAGGAGCAUGGGAGCAGCCUGCCUGGGUUGGUUCCUGAUGGCCUGUACCUCCCUGCACCUCCAUUAUAUUGUCCUCAGCCUGCUAUUGACACAGAGAACAUUGCACAGGAUUCUGGAUUAUAUGCAGAGAAAGCUGCUCGGCACAAAUUGUCAGACAUCAUCCAGCGGCACCUGCUGCUAUUCAGGGCUGCUCGCUGCUCACUCCCAGCAGCACACUGGUACAUCAACAAACUCCGGCAUGCUCAAAAGGUCAUGAAUAAGAUCAGAGGGAAGGCUGGUAUCCCUCCACUCUCUCCCUUCCCUGACUCAUUGCUACAUUAUGGGAAAGCUCGGAGCAGCUUCUUCAGACCGGGAGCCGGGGGCGAUGCUACUUCUAAUGCAGUCUCCAGCAGAGUAAUCAGCUCUUUUCGAGAUCUUUGUGGGUUAUGCUGGAUGUUCCAUGUCCGUGAGAGGUUGAGUGAGAGCUGUCGCAAGUAUCAAAAAGCCAGAGACAAUACCAGAUCAUGCCAGAACUAUGAGGUAACAACAGAUUAUGACGCUGCUGUGCUUGACCAUUGUCUGAAUUCCCUGAACUGGGCCUGUCGAAUGCUACCCUUCGCUAGGUUCAUGAAUGUGGAGGAGCUGGUACAGGACAUCAUCCUCAGCUUGGUUAGUGAGCUGCCUCCAAUCAGAAAGGUUGCUGAGAUCCUGGUCAGGGCCUUUCCUGAUGUGGAAGACAUUCGAGUGCCUCUCAGGGAUAAAUAUCACUCAUUGCAGCAUCACCUACGUCACAGCACAGUGCAAGGCCUUGAUGGAGAUGAGAUGAUGUCGGUCCUGCUGCACGAGCUUCAUGGACAAAGGAUGAAAGUGAUGAAGUGGGCAGUGCAGACUAUUGGUCCUACUGAACAGCACAUUUGGGAACGAACUGAUGAGGGCUUGGGGGACCAAGAGGACCAGAUGUAUGAUCGGUUCUCCUUGGGAACAAGUCUGAGCAGAAGUUCUUUGACAGACACCAGAAGAAGCCAAAAUGAGGGAGAUGGGAACACAACAGACAAUAUCUCAGAGGAUCUCCAGGAUCUGAGUGAACGCCAGGAUAGAAUCCAGCAAUUACUGGGAACUGGUGACAGGAACCCAGCAUCAGGUCUCCAUAGGAGCUCAGUCAGUAGGAACAAUGGGCCGGGUUACAGAAAACCUGCAGAGUCUGGAAAGGAUGAGAUGCACACAGCCUGUCUGCCUGUGGUUGGAUCAUGGGAGUUUGAGCGUGAUGAUGAGGAGUAUGUGAAGUUUCUGGAGCUGUUCCUGAGCUACCUGUUGGAGAGAGACUGGAUAGUGAAUGAGGGACGAGCUGUCCCACUGCUAAGCAGCUGCUCGGCCUUUCUGAAGGAACAGGAGUUGAACUCUCUGGCAUUCCAGGUCCACACCACCUUAAAGAGGAGGCAGAUCAAGUCAAGAGCUGCUGGCCAGGUCACCACAACAAAGAACUGUUCUCCCCUAAUGUCUGUGUUGCACCAGAACAAGAACCUGAGCUGUGGGGGAGGAUCAAAACCCACACUCUCUUCACCCACUCAAGGGGUGCUCCAUUCCACUGGCUAUCCUGAAGUGCUGUCAAAUGAGUCCAUUAUCCACAGCUACUUUCCUGCUGCUAGCACUCAAGGCAGGGCAAGUGGCAGAGGCUUGUUUGGAUUAAAGUUGCACUCUUUGCCCAGUCAGUUAAAUGUAUUCCAGCACAGAGAAGCUGCUCCUCGGUCUGCCUGCUCCACUGAGGUGCCAGGGACAGCAGACCACACUCACUGCUCAUCACUGUCUGCUCUGUUAGAAGAGGACCUCCCCCCUGAGCUGGAGAUCAAGUUCCAGGCCACAGCGAAGCUCCUGGAGUGGAUGAUCCAAUGGUCUGAAAGGAGGCUGCUCUGUGGCCCUCACAAAGUGGAGAAAUUACUGGACAGCAACACUAACAUACGAGUCAAAACAUCAAUGCCUGUCAUCCUCCGCUCACUGUGGCUGCUAGACAGGGAUCUGGGGGCCAAGGCACUGGAUAACUGUAACCACAAGAAUGUGGAGAGUCAGGUAAUAGAGCAACCCAGGCUGAAGUUAGACAGGGAGACCAGUAUGGACACCGGCUACCCAGCAUCUUUGGGGACUCCUGUCAUCGGCUUGGAGGCUGAUAUGAAAGAACACGUUGGAUCUUUUGUACAUGUCACCGACAGGUCAGAGUUUGCAGAAGACUUUCCGGUACAGGAUCUCAAUCACUCCAACCACAACCACCAACAGGAGCUGACUUCGGACACUGACAGUGGAACGGAACAUGAUGCUGCAGGAGGUCAGGAGAACUGCACUCUCAAACACGGUAAUGAAGGUGAAGGGGUCACUCAGACACAUGUGAAUAUAUAUGAGGAGGAGGACGAGGACGAUGGCAAUACUGAUCAAAGAGCCUACACUCCCUUUAGCCCCUGUAUAUCAAUCAGCAUCAAGCCCAAACCUAGAGCUAGCACCAGAGACAAGAUAGGUCACAGCUUGGAUAUGGAAACUCCCCAGGAGGAGCCCAUCAUCAAGCAACCAGGAGAACAAGCAGAGCAACUGAAAGGAGAAGAAGCUGUGAGUGGCAAGGGAGAGUUGCUGGAGACUCAUUCUGAUGAGAGGCUGCUGGCUGCUGAUACUGGUCCAGGUUCAGAUGUUUGGGUGGGCCUCUGCGAAACAAUUCCUCUUUCCUCUUCUCAUCUUCCAUGGCUUUCUGCACAGCCCCAGGAUCGUAGGCAGAGGAGUUCAGAUGGGCUGGAAAGGCAGUUUGAGGCUGUACAAACCACAGCAGUCAGUCCCCCUCCAGUCCAAGUUGUUCCUCCAGAUGUGUUCAUGAACCUUCGGUUCAUUAAUGAAAUGUGUCAGAAACCUCUCCUCAUACCCACAUCUCCUGAAACACCUGACCAAGCUUUAUCUGGUCACAAGUUCCUCAAUGUUAUCGACAUUGAUGCUGGGGAAUUGCUGAAUAGCCUUCCAGGCAGUGCAAGUGUUACUGAGCUGCCACCCUCAUCAGAUAAAGUAGAGGUAUCUACGUCCCAACUGCAUCUCAUGGCUGCCUCUGUCACGAAUGCUAUACCUCCAGCUGUCUGCCAGCAACAAGGUGCAGAUCUGCAGAAGGACAGAGCUCAGGAGCGAUGUGUGAGGGCUGCCGUAGGAUCUCGUGUGUGUGCAGACUGGCAUUGUCUCUCUCCUCGACCUGGCACUGAUGACAGAGCUCAGGAGCAGUGUUAUCCAAAGGCACAGACUUCUGCUAGAUCAUCCAUGAGCCCAGACCGGCACUGGCACACACCACCUCUCGCUGUCAAGGACUUGCAUCUGUCUCCCGCUCGUAACCAACUGAGCAGAGAAACAGCAAGCUCCCGGGAUGAUCAACUUCACCUCAGUGGACUCAGUGGGGUUAGUGACAUCGUAGCUGACUUGUUCAAUGAGGGAAAAUUGUCAAUGAAAAGCCUGGGCCUGUCUCAACAACAAAUUGAGAAACUCUCAAGGUAUUCUAAGCCUCCAAAAAGAAGUGUGCAGGAACAGAAGGAGAUUCAGGAAUGGAUGAAACACAAGAGACAGCAGAGGUUUGCAACAUAUCGACAAUAUAGAGAAGAUCUGAAGAGUAAGGAGCGAUCACCAUACCAUGCCAAGGACAAGCAGAAGAAAGUCACAAACAAAGAAAUUAAAGAACACCAGAAGCAGACUGCAGUAAAGAAGAGGGUAACUCUGGCUGUGAACCAUGAACAGCGAACACAGGCAGCACUCAGCUUGAUGAACGAGAUGUUGUGUGACACCAUUCAGCUUCCAGCGACUCGUCCACGAGCUCUGAGGGAAAGGCCACUAAAGUCAGCUCGAAGCACUCGGUCUCGGCCGAGCAGCACACAAAGAGGGAGGUGUGCAGCAUCUCGCAGUCUCUCAGCCAGUCGGGCGGAGCGCAGUUUUUCUCAAACCUACUCGAUUGCAACUCGAUGCCGUUCUGUGUCUGCAUCACCUGGACGAGGGGGGCCAUCAGGAGCCUUGAGACCAACAGCCCAGAGGAGACCUUGCCCGGGUACCAGGCCGACAGACUGUGGAGUCAGCAAACACAAGCAUGCCAGGCCUGACUGUCAUCAGUUCUCACUCAGGCCUUCCUUCCAAACUUCACAUUCAGCAGAAGAUGAAUCCAACUCAGACACUGACUCUCUGACCCACUGGAACACCCCAGAACAGAUUCGUCAGAUUCUGGACCGCAAGGAUGAUCCUUUCCUGCAGGUUGCUGAUUUGGCCAAGGCUGGUAGUGCCACAGAUUCCGAGCUAUCUGAUAGUACCAGCAGUAUCCUCGGUAAUCUGGACUGGAAUGCAGUGAACAAGAUGCUGGCCAGUGUGGAGCAGUCCUGAACUGUGGAACACUCAUUUGCAAAGACAUAGCUACUCAUUGUAGGCCAAUGGUAUUGGUGGGACUAAGUGUCGCCACCUGUAGGAGUGGAACAAACUAACAGGCCACAGUGAGAAUGAGUGGCCUGUACCCUGAAUAAGCACUGACUCUGCACAGUUACACAGAGCCUGCUGAAUAAAUACAGAUAUCACUAGGACUGUUUUGUCCCCUUUCCAGAUUUCACAGGUUGGUGAAUAUGUGCCCAAGGUGAAUACAAGUCUGGGCAGUUAUAUUUAAAUAGAAUUUUGAUAAUACUGACUAUUUUGAAUACUAUUGAUCUUCAGGUCUGAUUGGAUAUCAGAUAUUGUAUUUUUAUAUCUUUUUCUUUGUUUCUAUGGGACACUUUGGGUGGCUGUUACCCUAAAUAAACACGGUCUCGUUCCUUUAUAAGUAAAGGUUUACACUCUGAUAGGAAUUGAGUUUAAUACUGAUAAGCCUGCAGGUUGUUAUUGUUAAGCCUCACUGGAGUGAGGCAUUGGGCACAGACUGAAUCAGGGCAGAGGGAUGCUGCAUUGACAUGGAGAUCCUGCCCAAGGAGGAGGAACCCAGUCAGUGGUCCAUCUGCUGUAGACACAUUAUGAUGAGACAGUUGAAUCCUGAUUCUCUCAUAGGACUCUCUAUCUCUGGGAAUCUUUGUCUUCAUUUCAUUAUCCUUGACCUAGAAAGAUAGUGUUUUUAUAGCAUGGGAAGAGGCCCUUCAGCCAAUCUUGUCCAUAUUGGUCAUCAAACAUCCAUCUAUUCCAAUCCCAUUCCCAGCACUUGGCCCACAGCUUUGUGUGCCAUGGCAUUUCAGAAGCUCAUCUGAACACUUCCUGAAUGUCUUAAGGAUUCUGUCUCUAGCACUCUUUUAAUGUAGAGAGUUCUUGGUAUCCACAGCUUUCUGGUUAAAACGAUUUUCUCAAAUCCCCUCUAAACCUCCUGCCCUCUCCCUUAAACCUAUGCUCCCGAUAAUUGACGCCUCUAAGAGGGAACAUUUCUAUCUAUCCUAUCUAUACUCUUAUAACUUUGUACAUCUCAAACAGAUUCCCCCUCAGCCAUUCAAUCCCCAUUUCAUCUGUGUAGUGAUUGGAACCAGGUGGACCUUGCUGACUAUGCAAUCCUUGAUUGAAGUUGUUAACCUGGGCCAAUCAGCAAGACUUGGCCAACCAAUAUAAACAGGGAAUACAAGCACUGCUGCUGUAUGGCAGUGGUUUGGAAAAAAUAUAUAAACAGGAAAUUUAGAAACUCCUCAGUUCAAGGGACUGACUCUGAGCUGGCUAGCCACAACUAGUGGUACUAUGGAUUUUUUUUUUCACUUUUUGAGAAUGGAUUUCCAGACUGGCUGGGUCAUAGCCAAUGUUAUUGCUGGGUUUUAAUUCUCAGUGGGGAACUGCUUUUUUAAACAGGCUGGUUACAGCUAGUGUAUUGUUGUUUUUGGAAUUGAAGCAAAGAUGACUUGGCAGCAACGCUUGCUCCUUCUACCACAGUUUUAAAUAUUUGCACUUUACUUUUGCACGGGUUUUCAUCUUUUUGUGUCUGGACUGAGCCUCCAUGAGUCAGCUGUGCCUUUGUGAGUGAGCUAGGCCUCUGGUGGACUAGGCCCUCUGUGGGUGGGCCGUAUCCUUGAGAGUAGGUCUGGCCUCUGGGAGCCUGCUGUGUUUCUGCAAGCGGACCAGGCCUCCAGGAUGGACUGAGUAUCUGAAUGUACGCUGCGAGGUGUGGGCUUGCUGUCUUCGGGCGUGAACCCAGGCCCUCGGGCGCGGACUCAGCCCUUUGUGCUUGGAUUGUUUUGUACGCCCUGUGUUUUGCGUGUCCCUGUGUCUAGCAGGCCUUGCCGAGAGCCAGAAGGUGAGUAGGUUGUUCCGAACGCUGGAUGGUACGUAGGUUGUCCUGAAAGCUGUUGCCCUGAGCGUCGGAAGGUGGGGUACAUCACCCUGAAAACUGUUGUCCUGGUGAGGAAUAGGGACGGGCUGUGCUAGAGGUGGCUGGAAGGUGCAUAGGGCCAAGCCAAGAGCCGGAAGCUGCAUAGGGGCAGGCUAUCCUAGAGGUGGUCGGAAGGUGAGCAGGGACAGGCCAAUUCCUGGUUUGCCAAGGGAGUCAGUGUUGCGUGCAUUGCUUUUUUGUUGUUUGUUCGUAUCGAUUUAUCUGGUGUAGUUUUGCUUACGAUUUUUGUUAUGGCGAGUUACGGUGGGAUUUGGGGUUCGGUUAUUGUCCCAAUUUCCCUGUAAGUUGUUGACUGAUUGCAUGGUGGGAUUUGGGGUGUGUUUCUCCAUCCCCAUUUCCAUGUAAACUCUUGUUUGUUUCAUUGACUGUCACCUUGAUUUUGUUUUGUAUCUUUGUACAGUUUAAUAAAAGUGUAUAACUCUGAAAAAAAAUAUGAACAGGGAAUACAAGGACUGCUGCAGUAUGGCAGUAGU